AUGGACAGCAAGAAGACACCUUUCAUGUUCCCUCUCACAUUGCUGGUACUUACUCUUGGAGUCAUCAUGUUGGAUUCGGCACAAGGUCUGGACUUAAAUCAUCUCAACAAAAGAUGUCAACUUACAAGAGACUCAAAGUUCCCAUCAGUGAUUAGUGUCUCAUUAAACAUCACCGGCCAAUCAAUGCCAGCGGGUCCUGAUGUGAGGAGGCGAUCUCUGUCCCCUUGGGAUUACAGCAUUGAUGAAGAGCCUAACAGAUAUCCUUCAAGAAUUGCUAUUGCUAAAUGCCGCCAUCAGCGGUGUGUGGAUGCUGAUGGUGAAUUGAUGGAUAGCGGGAAUUCCGUUGAGAUCAGACAGGAGAUCCUGGUCCUGUAUCGAGAAAUGAAAGACUGUAAACCGACCUACAGACUGCAGAAGAAGUUGAUUACUGUGGGCUGUACCUGUGUCCGGCCUAUCAUCCAACACCUAAUGUAA